AUGAAACAGUUAAAACUUACAGUUUUUUUUUAUUGUUUUCUUGGUUUCUUUUUUACUGAAUCCCUAACACUGCCCACAAAGCUUCCAGAUGUAGACAAUUUCCACGUCACUCAGAAAUUUAUAGAUGAUAAUGUUGGAUCUCUCACCGUCAUUGCAGUUGCUCAAUAUGUUCAAGAAGCAACCUUUGAAGAAGUGGAAGUGCUGGUAAAAGAGAUGUUACAACUCAGAGAUAAAUGCUUACCUGAUGAGACACUUCCAGAAUGUGCAAGAUUAGCUAAUGAUGUUUUACAAGAAAGUAUAUGUGCUGUGGAGGGGCUGCCACAAAAAUAUAAUUUUUCACACUGCUGCAUUAGAAGAGACUUAGAAAGAAGAUCUUGUUUCCUCUCUAACAAGAAAGCUGAUGUAGGAUUUCUACCUCCUUUCCCUAUUGGGGAUCCUGAAAAGAAAUGCCAGGAUUAUCAACAGAAGAAAGACCUUUAUUUAAAGAAGUAUAUCUAUGAAGUUGCUAGGAGAAACCCCUUUCUUUUCGCCCCUACCCUUCUAAUUGUUGCUGCUCGUUUUGAGGAGGUGGCUAACACAUGUUGUACACAACAAGACAUAGCCCGCUGCUUUCAAACAAGGGCGCCACCUGUCAUACACUAUUUAAAAGAAAAUUCUGCUUAUGAAAAAAUUGUCUGUGGGGCAUUUAUGAGAUUUGGACCAAAAACCUUAAACUCUAUAAACAUUGCUGAACUUAGCCAAAAAUUCCCCAGGAUUGCAUUUAAGGAACUUACCUACCUUGUAGGAGAAAUUUCUUCCCAGUACGGUGGAUGCUGUGAAGGGGAUGUUGUGCGCUGCAUGCGUGGAAUGAGCAAGAUUGUGAACGAUGUUUGUACAAAACAAAAUUCCAUCUCCAGCAAACUCAAAGAGUGCUGUGAAAAGACAAUACUGGAAUGUGCCGCGUGCAUAAUUUACUUAGAUAAAGAUGAGAAGCCAAAGGACUUAUCACCAAGAGAAGCAAAAUUUACUGACAGCAAAGAUGUUUGUCAACACCAAGAUGCUGACCAAGAUAAUUUCAUGAAUGAGUUUCUUUAUGAAUACUCAAGGAGACACCAAGAUCUGUCUAUACCAGAGCUUUUACGGAUUGGUGAAAAUUAUGAGAAUCUCCUGGCAGAUUGCUGCAAGACAGAAAACCCUCCAGAUUGUUACAGACACGCGGAAGAAAAAUUCAAUAAAACAACCGAGAAAAGCCUCAAGAUUGUGCGCCAAGAGUGUGAACGUUUUCAGAAUUUGGGGAAGGAUGACUUGAAAUACCACUACUUUGUCAAACUCACCAAGAUGGCCCCCCAGCUUUCCACUGAAGAACUGACCUCACUCAGCAAGGAAAUUGUGGCAGCUUUGGGCAUGUGCUGUGCAAAGCGUGAACAGUUUGCUUGUGUUGACAAUUUGGUGGAUUUACUUCUUGGAGAAUUCUGUGGAGUAAAUAGAAAUCGAACCAUCAACCCUGCUGUGGACCAAUGUUGCAAAUCAAGCUUUGCCUUCAGAAGGCACUGCUUUGAAGGUUUGAAAGCUGACAAAACGUAUGUGCCUCCAUCAACCUCUCAAGAUUUAUUUGCCCUUCACGAAGACUUGUGCCAGGCUCAAAAUGGAGUACUCCAGCGAAAGAAAGACAGGUACCUUGUCAACAUAGUGAAGCUGAAACCUCAUAUUACAGAGGAGGGACUGCGCUCAUUUCAUACAGAUUUCACUAAUGUGAUAGAGCAGUGCUGCAAAGCAGAGGGGCCUGAAGCCUGCUUCAAAGAAGAGCAUCUGGCUCCUCAAGGUGUGGACAGUAGACCAGCAGCAUUUGCAUCACUUGGGAUGUUGAUAGAAAUGCAGAAUCUGAGGCUCUUCUCCAGGGUUCUGAGACAAGUGAAAGCUGAAGAAAUGAGACGUCAUUUUACAAAAGACAUCAAGUUAUAG